CGCCCGUGGCGUCACUUCCGGGGCGGGGCCGAGACGCGCGCGCAAAGAUGGCGACGCCCUAUGUGACGGACGAGACCGGGAGGUACAUCCCCUCCACGCAGCGGCCGGAUGGGACGUGGCGGAAGCAGCGGCGGGUGAAGGAGGGCUACGUUCCCCAGGAGGAGGUGCCCGUGUACGAGAACAAAUACGUGAAGUUUUUCCGGAGCAAACCGGAGCUGCCGCCGGGGCUGAGCCCGGACACGGCCCCGGCGCGGCCCCCGGGACCCCCCCAGGGCCCCCCCCCCGAGCAGGGGCUGUCCAAGGCCGCCCGCAGGAACCUCAAGCGCAAGGAGAAGCGGCGGCAGCAGCAGGAAAAGGCCCCGGAGCGGCCGCAGGACACGGACGGACUGAGCCCGGCGCUGGAAAAGCUGUCGCUGUCGGGGCCCGGCGGGACAGGAGGGGCCCCCCCGGCCCAGGGGGGCGACGGCGCCGGGAAUUCCGAGCGCAGCCGCCGCAUCAAGAGCCUGCGGAAGAAGCUGCGGCAGGUGGAGGAGCUGCAGCGGCGCCUCGAGGCCGGGGGGCUCCCCCAGCCCACCCAGGAGCAGCUGGAGAAGCUGGGCCGGAGGAAAGCGCUGGAGGACGAACUCAGGGGGCUCGAGUCGGACUCGUAG